GUGGGUGGCUUGACGGGGAAUGAGAGUUGAUAAAUAUGCUGAUCCCCCGGAUUUGUACGCGCUUGAAAAGGGUCUCUUUUUUUGUUACUUUUGUCAAUCUCCAGUCCAGUCGCUCUUUUCAAGCAGUCAAUUGUGAUUUCUUCGCCGUUCCUUAACAACACGACGUCCUUUGUGUAAUAAUACAAAAACCGGUCAUUACCGACGACAUACAUUUUCAUCACAUACCACCGCAAACAUGAAGUUCACCGGCCUUACCGUUGUUGUCGCCGCCCUUGCUGGCCUCGCCGCCGCCUCUCCCGCUCCUCUCGUGAACGGAAAGCUGGUCUGCGGAACGAUGAAGGACAGCAUCGUGACUUGCCCCUUUGGACAGAUUUGCUUGCUUGCUCCGGGCGCUGAUGAGAAGUCUGCUACGGGAGUCUGCCAGACUCGCUAAGAGGGUCAUUGAUUGGAAUUGAAGCCGAUGUGAAGGGAAGGUGGACGUAAUGGGUUUUGAUGGAGAUGAGAACAUUGAAUUAAAGCGAUUAAGUGCUACGACUAUUAAAUCUAAUAAGUCUUGUCUAGCCUGGGCAAGCUCUCACUGUGAAUAAAGUGCCGAAAGUACAUACAUAUCAUCGCGCUACUGUGACUCUUUCU